AUGUCUAGUCGACAAAGGAUCUAUGUUGGUUUGGCAGUCUCAGCCGGAGUUUGCAGUGGUAUAGCUUUAUUUCUCUAUUUGCGUCAUCGUCGACAAAUAGCAUUAUCCAAAACUCCAAAUGCGAAUGAUAGCUCUCCAACACGAACCUCACUUUUAUCUUCAUUAAAAUCUCGUCGUGGUCGCGAUUACGAUGAUAUAACAUCAUCCGAAGCUGACAGCGCUGGUUCAGAAUCUGUACGAUUUCAAAGUGGUGGUGCUAAUAUUGAAGUAAAGAUUCCCGGUGGUGAUACUCCAUUAACAGCAGAACAAGCCAUCCUAUUAACUCGUUUUCUUGAUGAAAACGAGAAUGACAUCGAUUUAUUACAUCGUAUUUUAACAAAUAUUGCAAACGCUGGAACCUUCAAUGAAAAUCAAGUCUAUCUAGCAAAUGCUGGUUGCAUUGAACGACUUCGCGAACUACUUUUAACAACAGAAAAUGAAACAACAAAAUGUAAAAUACUAUUAGCACUUAAUAAUCUGGCUUUAAAUGAGCACACUAUAACUCAUUUUUCGGAUCUUGUUUCAUUCGUUAUUAAUCUAUGUCGUACAACUCCGUCCAAGUCACUUGUACGUCUUUAUGGAUUAAAUUUACUAGUAAAUAUGUCUGUACUUGAGCAUCUUCAUAAUGAAUAUAUAAAAGACAUAAAUGAACUUGGAUCUUUAAUUCAAUCAACAUUUGAUAAUAAUGAUGAAACAUUAUCUGCUGGAAAAAUUCUUGUUAAUUUAUCUACAAAUAAACAAAAUCUUGAAAAUUUAUUAAAACUUACUGGUAUUGAAAUUAAAACAAUUGUUCAAAUAUGUACACCAAAGAAGAAAAUAAUUGAUAGUGAUGAAUCUUCAAAAUUAGAAGAAAAUCUACUUCGUUAUUUAACAUUUUAUUGUAAUCUUGCUGAAACAAUUGUUAAUGAGCUUAAACUUGAAACUAAAAAUCAAAAUUUAUGGCUUCUUGACCCAAUACCAUAUGGACAAGGUGCUGUUUAUUUUGAAUUAUUUGAUCAUGAUACACAAAUGUCAACGAAAUCUAUUCUCCGUCCACAAUAUCAGUCAUAUACAAUUAAUAAUCAAAUAAAACGACUUCGUCAAGCAAUGGAUACAAUUCGUCAAAUACAAUUUGAUUCAACUGUUUCAUCUGUUCAAGAUGAAUUCGAUGAAAAUGAGCAUACACCUACCAUGCCUGAUUCUUCAACACCUAGAAAAAAUCCAACAACACUCGACGAACUUAACCCUAUUGAUGAUUCAUUAAAUAAUUUAGAAAAAGAUUUCGAUGAAGAAUUUGCAGAUGAUGAUACAAUUCAGGGUGGUGAUAGUACACCAUCUAAUCAAUCAUUAGCUAGUUUUUCUUCAGCUCUUUCGACAAAUGAAAAUAAUACAUUUACAAGUCCUGAUAAAUGA